AUGGAGCUUACUUUAGGCAUAAUUUGUUAUAUCUCAGUGGUUGCAGCCCUUAAUGGAAAUCUUAUUACCAACUUUACCAUAAAUUUAGUCAAUACUCAACAAGCUGUUGUUUUUGGAUGCAACGAUACAGGUCUACUUAACGCCGGAAGAGCACUCAUGAAAUGGAAUCAAGGAAUGAUGCUUCUCAGUUUAAAAAAGAAUUACUCUUUGGAAAAUGUUUUAACAGUACGCAAUCAUGCAAAAACUUCGGUGAUUGUAGAUUGUUCGUGUCCGGAGUGUAAAGAAGUUCUUCAAAUUUCCUCCGAAGGAAAGUACUUCAAUAAAACCUACCAGUGGAUGAUUUGGGAUUUAAUAAACACAGGGCUUGAAGAACUUAUUGGCGAUUUGAAUAACAUUGGACCAAAUGCCCAAAUAACUUACGUAAAUAGGACUCAAUUGAGUCAAUCAAUCGAGAUCGACAUCGAGACUUAUUCCUUCUACGAUGUUCAUUCAAAAGGGAGACAUUUGAAUGCUCCCUUAGAGGUUGUGCACUAUGCUGAUUGGAGAGAUGGAAAGUUAAUGGCCUACCAAGAUGUUUUAAAACUUCAAGGCAUCCGACAUAGGGAUCAAUUCAAACAGUUGAAGCUUCGAGGUGCCACCGUGAUCGAUCAGGAUAACAUAGUCAACGAUAGUCAAAUCAUAUCGAUUCUAUCAAGUUCUGGCAAAGAGGAUGGUGUAGCAGCUUUCACCAAAUACCAUUAUGUCCUGUCGACUAUUCUACAAGAACGCUUCAAUUUCACAUUGAGUUUUCGUAAUUUACGUGGUUGGGCUGGCCGUUUGCGUGGGGGGAUAUUUCGAUUAGGUUUUCUCGGCGUCGUUAUGCGUAAUGAAGCCGAUGUAGGAGCAUCAGGUGCGUUUAAUCGAAUCAAUCGUCUGGCUGAAUUUGAUACAAUUCAUCAGAGUUGGAAAUUUGAUUCGGCUUUUAUGUAUCGAUUUACAUCGGAUAUAGACGCCGAUGGGAUGAGUGGUAAUUUUUUGGCACCAUUUGCGAUGCAGGUUUGGUUAAUGUCAGCGGCGACAGUUUUGUUGGUUAUGGUUUUGUGGUAUAUUGUUGCUUGGUUGGUGAGUAAGACAUUUAAUGAAGGUGAACGCGAUAGAGAUGGUUUCCUGUUGAAGGCUUUUGCUGCUGUUUGUCAACAAGGCUUGGAUCCUAUUCCCAGCGGUAUUCCAUCUCGAACCAUCGUCUUUACUUUAUUGCUUUUUAGUCUGGUCAUGUAUAAUUUUUAUACUUCCUCGGUUGUUGGAGGACUUUUAAAUAGCUCCGAACAGGGACCAAAAACUGUAGCAGAAAUUGUUAACAGUCCACUGAAGUUAUCUUUCGAGGAUAUUGGAUACUACAAAGUCCUAUUUAAGAAUCCUACAAAUGCACUUGUCAUGCGUAUGUAUAAAACCAAAGUAUUACCCGAACGUGGAUCAGACGAAUUGGAAGUUUUCUCACACAUCAAGGAAGCCAUACCAUUCUUGAAGAAGGGUGGCUAUGCAUUUCAUUGCGAACGAGUCGAUGCCUACCCAGAGAUAGCUCGUCAUUUUGAUGCAAACGAAAUAUGUGAUUUGAGAAUUGUUUCGGGGCUUUUGGAUAAGGGUUUGAUGAAUUUUAUUGUUACCAAAAAUAGUAUGUACACAGAAUUGUUUCGUGUGAUGAUGUGUCGUGCUCGAGAGACGGGAAUCAUAAUGAGAACUUUGACCAUUCAUCAGCCAAGGAGACCAGAAUGUCAGUCAUCGUAUACCGUUUAUCCAGUUGCUGUUUCAGGGGUGUUGAGCGCUUUUAUGCUUUUGGGAGUGGGAAUGCUAUUUGCUUUGAUUGUUUUGAUUGGAGAAUUUCUUUACUAUAGAUUUAAUGAGAGAAUUAAAAUGCAAGCCCAGAAGUACCUUGAAAAUUUUUGUAGAAACUCCUUUUGAAGGAUGCCUAAAAAUACUCAAAACUGUGUAAUUCAACAAGUAUGAAAAAUAAAAUGCACCUCAAUGCUUAAACUAACAAAA